AUGGUUGAGCUUGUAGGGGUAACAGAUGUCAUUAGCCCAGAGGGUGUAGAUAUGUGUGCUGAAGCUUUUGGGAAAUUAAAGGCUCAGGCAAAGAAAAAGUGGCUGCACAAAGAGAGGGUGACACUGACUGUUAUUAGUUUGGAAGGUAUCAGGAUAGAAGAUGAGACUUCUCAAAAAGUGAAGCAUAUGCAUCCUGUCAAGAGAAUAACAUUUGUCAUUCCUGACCCAGAUGAUAGAAAAAUAUUUGGUUAUGUUUUCAGUCAACCUGAUUGUUCCACUGGACAUAAAUUUUAUGCCCUGAAGUCAAAAAAUGCAAAGGUCAUAGUUGAUGCCAUUAUUGAACUUUUGGUGGAAUCAGUUAAUCUUAGACAAAGGGCUGGAUUAGCAAAGGAGCAGGUCCCCAGAAAUUCAUCAAAUGGUACUGACUGCAGAAUCAUUGAUUUUGUUGAAUGA